AUGGCGCGUCUUUCGCAGAUUGCGCUUGUUACUUUUGGUGCCGUGAGUGGGGUGAAGGCAUGGGGUUCUCUAGGCCAUGCUACCGUGGCCUAUGUUGCACAGAACUAUCUUUCGUCGAGCACUGCAUCCUGGGCACAAGGCGUUCUUGGGGACACUUCUAGCUCAUAUCUGGCCAACAUCGCCUCCUGGGCCGAUACGUAUCGAUCCACAACCGCUGGAAAGUGGUCUGCUCCGCUGCAUUUCAUCGAUGCAGAGGAUGACCCUCCAACCAGUUGCAAUGUGGAUUAUGAUCGCGAUUGUGGGAGUUCGGGUUGCUCUAUCUCUGCAAUCGCGAACUACACCCAACGCGUUGGUGACGGCCGGCUUACAUCGGCCAACGUCGCAGAGGCUUUGAAGUUCCUUGUACAUAUCACUGGCGACAUCACCCAGCCGCUGCAUGAUGAAGCUUACGAGGUUGGCGGGAACGAUAUUGCAGUCACUUUCAAUGGCUACAGUGACAAUCUGCAUUCGGACUGGGAUACAUACAUGCCCGAGCAAUUGGUUGGCGGCUAUUCGCUUUCUGAUGCGCAGUCGUGGGCCAAAACCCUGAUUAGCGAGAUUGAUUCGGGCAGCUACAAAUCUCAGGCGGCCAGCUGGAUCGAUGGCGACACUAUCAGUGACCCUGUUACCACUGCAACCCGCUGGGCCUCCGACGCCAAUGCAUACGUCUGCAGCGUUGUCAUGCCAGAUGGAGCGGCUGCCUUACAGACAGGAGAUCUUUACCCAACGUAUUACAACUCUGUCAUCGGUACUAUUGAGCUGCAAAUUGCGAAAGGUGGCUAUCGUCUAGCCAACUGGCUCAAUCUGAUCUAUAGCUCUGAGAUUGCCAAGCGCGACCUUGAAAGCUUUGUCGAGACCCGUGACACUGCUUCUCUCCCUGAUCUUUCUGGGCGCGAUUUUCUACCUGCGCCUCGGCCACUGAGCCGCGCCAAAUUGGCCAGAGAGGCUAUGGAGGGAUCCUGCUGUGGUUCAGCGAGACACAGUCAUUAA